AAACCAAUAACAACAACAACAUUAGGCGUUAGCAACACGACGGGAGUUGAUUUAAAAUGAUUUAAAUCUAUAAAUAAAUUAUGCACAUUAGAGAAAGUGAAAGAGGACUUACCUGCAACCAGGUGUGUGUGUGUGAGUGAGAGAGAGAGAAAGAGGGUGAGAGAGAGAGAGAGGGGGAGAGAGAGAGAGAGACCUAGAGGGGAAGCGGGCGGAGGAAAGUCGACUUACCUGUAGCCCGACUUCUGCAGAUCACUGUGUCUAUGACCUGUUCCGACCUGAAAGUCCUGUUUCACAAGGAAGGAUCGGAGAGGAAGCGAAAAUAUGUCACAGGAGACAGACAAUAAACGUCUGGUGGUGGUAGUCCCCAAUGAGAGCUCCUUCCCUGCCGUGCGACGGGCCUACACCAGCGAGGAUGAGGCGUGGAGGUCGUAUCUGGAGAACCCUCUGACGGCCGCCACCAAAGCCAUGAUGAGCAUCAACGGGGACGAGGACAGCGCCAACGCCCUGGGCCUGCUCUACGACUACUACAAGGUGCCGAAAGAAAAGAGACUGCUGCCAGUUCCCAAAGUUGUUGAAAUCACAGAGGAACAGGAGAAGAGGACUACACUGCAGACCCCCCCCAACAGCCAAAGUGAGGGGGUGGAAACUGUGGACAACCGAGUUCAGGUCCUCAAGUCUGUCCCCGUCAACCUGUCCAUAAACACCGAGCACCAGGAGACCAAACGUGACCAAUUCAGCAGCUCCGCGGUGACGAGCACGAGCUCCGGAGCCGUGGUGAAGGCCGAGGUGUACACGUCAGUCUUCACGGCCGCUCCGUCGAUACACUACAGAGUGGAAGGAGACGAGUCGGCGAGGGUGAUCUACGAACAGAGCCCGUACGAGGCCACCACCGUCAGCCACAGCUCGUACAUCAAAGAGGACCAGCAGAGUCCACCAGACAGUCCGUACGAAGAGGAGAGAGAUGUGAAGUACCACACAUCUUCCUCUAUGGCUGCGGAUGACUUCUUAUUUCACCAGGAGCGAGUUGAUUUUCGCUACACGCUGGACGCCCCCCGAUCGCUGCGUCAGAAGCAGGAUGAGGGGCCGAUGACCUACCUGAACAAAGGCCAGUUCUACGCUGUGACGCUCAACGAACUGAGCACCAACAACCGUCUUCGUCACCCCAUCAGUAAAGUUCGGAGCGUGAUCAUGGUGGUCUUCAGCGAGGACAAGAACCGAGACGAGCAGCUUAAAUACUGGAAGUACUGGCACUCUCGGCAGCACACGGCCAAACAGAGAGUUCUGGACAUCGCUGACUACAAGGAGAGCUUCAACACCAUCGGGAACAUUGAGGAAAUCGCCUACAACGCCAUCUCCUUCACCUGGGACGUCAACGAAGAGGCCAAGAUUUUUAUCACCGUCAACUGUCUGAGCACAGACUUCUCCUCUCAGAAAGGUGUGAAAGGGCUCCCCCUAAUGAUCCAGAUCGACACCUACAGCUACAACAACCGUAGCAACAAACCACUGCACAGGGCAUACUCACAGAUCAAGGUCUUCUGUGACAAGGGUGCCGAGAGAAAAAUCAGGGACGAGGAGAGGAAACUGUUCCGAAAGAAGUCAAAAGGAAAGGAUGGUAGUGUAGGUGUCAUAACAGUUCCUAAAAAGGCCGACACCACCUACUUCAAAACAAUGACAGACCUGGAGGCUCAGCCCGUCCUGUUUAUCCCUGAUGUCCACUUUGGAAACCUACAGAGGGCUGGACAGGUGUUCACGUUCAACACAGAGGAAAUAGAGAGAGAAGGCGGAGUGUUGGUGAAGAGGAUGUUCAGGGCGUCAGAAGAAGAUUUGUGUCCGUCGCCUCACAAACAGAUCAAAGAGGAGACGCACAAGAGAGUGCUGUUGUACGUGAGGAAAGAGUCGGACGAGGUGUUUGACGCCCUGAUGCUGAAGUCUCCCACCCUCAGAGGACUGAUAGACGCGAUAUCAGAGAAGUACGGCGUGCAGACGGAGAGAAUAACCAAAGUGUACAAGAAGAGUAAAAAGGGGAUUCUGGUAAACAUGGACGACAACAUCAUCGAGCACUACUCCAACGAAGACACCUUCAUCCUGAACAUCGAGAGCCACACAGACGCCUACAAGAUCACGCUGACGGAGAUCUGACGUCUCGUCAGCAGAGCCAAAGGACUGCAGGAUUCAAAGAAAAAAAUAAAAAAUAAAUAUAUGCAAACUGUGACUGACUGGGGGGACUGGAAUCUACUGGGCUGCUAUGGACUGGAGAUAAGCUGGAUGUGAGACUGGUGACCUCUGACCCUCCUGGUCUUUCUUUGACACUGUUACACAAUGAAGCAAGAUGUAUUUCCUGUGCAGGACAAUUGUAUACAAUUUUCUUUUUUU